AUGUGUGAAACAUUAUUGAAUCAAGACCAGUAUAUUCGGACAUUUUUUGAUCGACAUUCUUCUCAAGCACAAAUAGAGUAUCGAACUCGUUUAAAUGCUACAACUGACUGUAUUCGUUUUCUUCUAAGGCAAGAACUUGCAUUUCGUGGUCAUGAUGAAUCCUAUGAUUCAAGCAACCAAGGGAAUUUUCUCGAGCUUCUACAAUUUCUUGCUAAUCAUAAUGAAGAUUACAAUGCUGUUGCUUUCAAGAAUGCUCCUGAUAAUCUCAAAUUGACAUCACCUGAGAUUCAAAAAGACAUUGUAAGUGUUGCUUCAAAUGAACCGAAGGAACAAAUGGCUAUUAUCUUACGUUAUGUUAACAAAAAUGGACUUGUUGUUGAGCGUUUUCUAGGUGUUGAACACGUUACUAGUACCAUAGCUCUCUCACUCAAGUUGGCUCUUGUGGCUUUGGCAAAGAACCAUGAUGAUGUUAAUGAUCUUUUUAAUAUCAUGGCGAUUGUGGUUAAUAUUGUCGGUGCUUCAUCAAAGCGUUGCGACCUUCUUAGAGAUAACAAAGCUUGUAAAGUUAUUGAAGCUCUUUCUAAUGGUGAACUUUCAAGUGGAAAAGGUCUUAAUCAAGAGACUAAUCUACAACGUGCUAGUGAUACGCAUUGGGGCUCGCAUUAUGGUACAUUAAUGAGCAUAAUCUUGAUGUUUUCAUCCAUUAUCGAUGUUCUUGAAAUUGUGGCAAAAGAUGGGUCAUACUCUGAGUAA